AUUUAUUUAUUCCAGAAAUUUUCAUCAAGCCAUUCAAAAUUAAAUUAAAACUUCAGAAUGGCAAUAAUAGUAGUGAAGUGUGUUGUGUCUGUUUUGAUUUUGUGGGUGAUCGUGCUCGUAGAAUUUUUGUGCACAUUGAAAUUUUACAAAGUGCUUGUUUUGUUCAGUAUGGCUUCGACGUUGGAAAGUUACGUUAAUCAUACUGUGUCUAUUAUAACUGCUGAUGGAAGAAACAUUGUCGGUACCCUCAAAGGUUUUGAUCAAACAAUUAAUUUGAUCCUUGAUGAAAGCCAUGAAAGAGUUUAUAGCUCCUCUCAAGGCAUAGAACAAGUAGUUCUUGGUUUAUAUAUUGUGCGUGGAGACAAUGUAGCUGUUGUUGGAGAAGUUGAUGAUGAACUAGAUCAAAGAUUAGAUUUAACGAACAUCAAAGCGGAGCCAUUGAAUCCUGUUGUACACUGAAAUCAUUUAAACAUAAGCAUCAAGUGUAUUUUAUUUGUAAAUAAACACACUUUUUUACACUUUUUAAA